UUUGGACUGCUUUAGAGCCUAUACAGAACCAUCAUGCCAGCAACUGUGCAACCACUCACUCCGCCAGCCGGAUCCGACGUUAACUUUGGCGCGGUCAUUGGCAACAUCGAUCUUGAGAAUUUAACAGACGAAAUCUUCUCCACAAUCCACUCUGCCCUCUACAAUCACCAAGUAGUAAUCUUCAAAAACCAACACCACCUCUCCCCGAAAGCCCAAUAUCUCCUCACCCAACGCUUCGACCCCUCAUCCACCCAAUAUGGCCACGGCAAAACAAUCGACGCAAAACGAAGCAUCCUGCACCCAGACCUGAAGACCGUGCCCCAUCAACCCCAAGUUCAAAUCAUCGGUCAUGGCUUCAUCGACUCCUACGAAGGUUUAACCAACUUCCAAUUGAAACACCCACACCACAAGACUUUCCACCGCGAUGCAAUUCCUCCGGAAGAAGAUUAUGAUUUCACCCGGUUUUAUAGAUGGCAUAUCGAUGCUGCGCUAUACGAGUAUCAUCCACCAAAAGUGACGACAUUACUUGCCGUUAAGGUACCGAAGGGUCGACGACAGACUUUGCGGUAUGAUGAUGGCUCGGACGAGACGUUGGAUGUGCCUCUCGGAACGACGGCCUUUGUCAACGGGGAACGGAUGUUUGAGAUAUUAUCUGCCGAGGAUAAGGAGUUUGUGCUGGGGAGUAAAGUUGAAUAUGCACCUCAUCCAUACAUCUGGAUGAGUCCCGCCCGUUCCCUUCCCACAGGACUAGGUCUCUACUCCCAAGGCCUCGAACUACCCGAAUCCGAGCUUCCGCCUAUCGACCAAUCAAAGAUCAUGAUCCUCCCCAUGGUCUGGAAGAACCCUGUAACAGGAAAGCCAGCGCUCCAGAUCCACCCCUCCGCGGUGCGGAAGAUCCACCAGAAAGAUGGAUCCGUUAUCGAUGAUCUAGCCCGUGUGCGGGAGAUUGUCUACCGGUUGCAGCGACCGGCUAUUAGCCCGAAGCAUGUCUAUGCGCAUGAUUGGGAGGAGGGUGACCUGGUUUUGUUCCAUAACCGGGGUGUGUUGCAUUCAGUAGUGGGGGCGUUCGGGGAUGAUGAGGUGAGAUUGUUCAGGCAGUGUAAUCUGGCAGCGGGGGAGGCUCCGGUUGGGAUGAGUGAUUAAUUUAUAAUGUAUUCUGGAUGAAGCGAUGUGUGUUUUUAUGAUAUAGAAUUUGGAACUUUUAGAUUUCUUGUCUCACAUGUAUUCGAGCUGAUGUUGGACACUCCUUGAUAUAUUAAUCACUAUUAUAUUUCAUUAAUCCCUCAUCCACUGGAAACUCCAGAAACGCUAUAAAAUAAGGGUAUAUGAUGCUAAAUACAAGCUGGUAUCAAGAACAUCUAUGUCUAUGGGCUCUUUAUCCCAAUGCAAUUAAAUCCGAAAAACGGCUCACGAGACAUUAGUCAGGUCAUGAGACGUUAUUUUCAACACACAUAUCAAUGCAUAAAUCAAUGCGCAAGUUC